GGACCUUGAAAAAAGGUAUCAAGCUCUCUAUCUUAACAUUCUCUCUCCUCUCUCUAAAAAAUUUAGCCUUUGUUUGACAUUGAAACCAGCUUUUUUUUUCCUCUCUCGAUAUCUCUGUUCCGUUUGUAUCUGAGAUCGAUCGUGUAAGGAAUCAAUCGAUCGGUCUUGCAAUGGAGAUGAUGAUGAACCUGUCCGCAGAGAAGAGGCCGAAGACGAAGAUAGUUUGCACGCUCGGACCGGCCUCUAGGUCUGUGCCGAUGGCCGAGAAGCUAUUGAAGGCGGGGAUGAACGUUGCCCGGUUCAAUUUCUCUCAUGGAUCCCACGAAUACCACCAGGAAACCCUAGACAACCUCAGAACCGCCAUGGAUAACACCGGCAUAAUCUGCGCCGUCAUGCUCGAUACCAAGGGUCCAGAGAUCAGAACUGGGUUCUUGAAAGAUGGCAAGCCUGUGCAAUUAAGACAGGGUGAAGAGAUAACCAUCUCCACUGAUUAUAGCAUUAAGGGUGACGAAAAGAUGAUUUGCAUGAGCUAUAAAAAGUUGGCUGAGGAUGUGAAGCCACAGAGUGUCAUACUAUGCUCUGAUGGUACAAUUUCGUUUACUGUUCUGUCUUGUGACAAAGAAAAGGGUUUGGUUCGAUGCCGCUGUGAAAACACUGCAGUUCUUGGUGAAAGAAAGAAUGUUAAUCUCCCAGGGGUUGUUGUGGAUCUCCCAACUUUGACCGAGAAAGACAAGGAAGAUAUAAUGAAGUGGGGGGUUCCCAAUAGGAUUGACAUGAUCGCUUUGUCUUUUGUUCGCAAAGGUUCAGACCUGGUGGAGGUUCGGAAAUUGCUGGGAGAGCACUCAAAGACUAUCCUCCUCAUGUCAAAGGUUGAGAAUCAAGAAGGUGUGGCAAAUUUUGAUGAUAUUCUUGCCAACUCAGAUGCCUUUAUGGUUGCACGAGGUGACCUGGGAAUGGAAAUUCCAAUCGAAAAGAUAUUUUUGGCGCAGAAAGUCAUGAUUUACAAGUGCAACAUCCAAGGAAAGCCAGUCGUCACAGCAACCCAGAUGUUGGAGUCCAUGAUCAAGUCUCCAAGGCCAACUCGGGCAGAAGCCACUGAUGUUGCCAAUGCAGUUCUUGAUGGCACAGACUGUGUGAUGUUGAGCGGUGAAACAGCUGCUGGAGCUUAUCCAGAAUUUGCAGUCCAAACCAUGGCGAAAAUUUGUGUAGAAGCAGAAAGUACAAUUGAUUAUGCUGAUGUUUUCAAACGUAUUACGGCAAAUGCACCAGUGCCCAUGAGUCCACUGGAGAGCCUUGCCUCUUCUGCAGUUAGAACUGCAAACUCAGCAAGAGCAUCUCUCAUACUUGUCCUAACCCGAGGAGGCAGCACUGCCAAACUGGUGGCUAAGUACAGGCCAGGCAUGCCCAUACUCUCAGUUGUCGUCCCUGAGAUCAAAACUGACUCAUUUGAUUGGACUUGCAGUGAUGAAUCCCCAGCAAGGCAUAGCCUUAUUUUUAGGGGGUUGGUUCCAGUUCUGUCUGCAGGAUCUGCCAGGGCUUCCCACGCCGAGUCCACAGAGGAAGCGCUCGAGUUUGCUUUGCAGCAUGCCAAGACCAAAGGACUCUGCAAGGUGGGAGAUUCCGUUGUGGCCUUGCACCGUGUCGGAACAGCUUCAGUAAUCAAGAUUGUGACUGUGAAGUAAAGUGAAAUGGUUUAGAUUCCAGAAGGAUGGAAAGAUGAGUGCUCAAAUUUUGUUUACGUUUUUUGUGGAUGAGAAACAUCAAUCAUUAUUAAUCUGGUCUUCUGAUAUUUGGGUUAUCAACUCUUUAAAUGCUACUAGAGCACAAUUUUUUUGUCUAAUGAUAGAGACCUCUUAUUAUUGUUGUGACUAUAAAGGUCUAUUUCUCUAUACUAUUUGUGUUUGUGACUAUAAAA